UGCCUUGAAUACAUUGGUUGCAGGGAAAGGCUCUGACAAUUUCCAGUGGUUCAUUGAUUAAUAGAGCUGUGUGGUAAACUGUGUGCUGAGCUAUUGAUUCCAUAUUAUUGUUCAGAUCUGAAAUAGUCUUUGGGAAGUACAGCUUCACUGUUUUUAAUUCCAUUUACUUGUUAAUGAUUGAGUCAUGGAUAUUUUAUAAUUUGAGGAUUAGGUUUCAGUUUAAUUGAUAACACAAUGUGAUGGGUACCUGAGUUAACUAAGGAACUACUGAGGAGGGGAGAACUGGGGAGCAGGAUGGUGCCCCACCCACCCUUACUGUACCUCCUAAUACUGGCUCUAUCCUACAGCCUGGCCACAGCCAUGGGAGUCCAGGACAACUAUCAAAGAUUCAUGGAUUCCUAUGGAACUUGCCAGCACAUGACAUUCUUUGAGGUAGAGGACAAUGAGUAUUAUAUUCAUGCCAAAGGCAGUGGGGAGGCCUACCAGGCACUUAGGUGCUCUCUACGAUUUAGGACAUACCCAGAUCAACAACUGUGUGUCAAGUUUGACAGUUUUAGGAUAGGGGAUUGUGCUGUUCAUUUUAAGGUGUUCCAAGAAAAUCAGCCGAUAGACUUCACAUGGCAGCCAGAUGAAAAUUGUCUAUAUCGUCAUUAUGGCUGUCGAGAUUCCCCCCAAACUGUGUGUAGUACAGACCGCUUUCUAACCUUACAGCUUUAUAAAGAGAGAAUUGAUGCUGUAGAUUAUGACUUCUCUGUAACAGUCAUGCCAAAAACAAUGCAAAGUCCCAUUUCAGAUGAAAUCAUCAUGUCCCUGGGGGUGAUGGUGGGGGUGAUAGUGGGCGUGGUGCUAUUUAUAGCAAUCCUGGCCAUCUUCGUCCUGUUCUGUUGCUGCAGGAAGGACAGACAUCAUGGACGUGUGUUCAGGAAGAAAAACAGCAAGCCCCGGUCGUCUGCUCAAGGGAGACUACUGGAGUCAGGACCAAUACCUUCAGCUCCACCAAUGGAUCCAGACAUAGAAAUGCAUCAACACAUCGUAACGAAUUACGGUCAUUAUCCUAAUGAACCCCCUCCUCCUUACGAACCCAAACCAGAACCAGUUUAGCACAGAUCGCACUGCCACCAGAAAAUAUACAGAGAAGUCCAAUUCCAUGAUAUUCUUCUAAACUCAGUCGUCAUUUAUAGGAUAUGUAGCAGUGUAUUAUAUUUUUAUAUGGUAAGAAAAUUGCUAGGUAUAAAUUUAAAGGUCUUUCAGUGCAAAUGCUAAAAUU